CUUCCUGACUGGAAGUGGUUCGGUCCAGUAGUGAAGGCGAAGCUCGGUUUGUUUUCCACGACCAGGAGGAUCAGACGGACCGAACCUGCCGCCAUGGCUCUGUGCGGACGCGUCGGAGCCAUGGCUUUACCCAGCGAGCUCAUCGUCCACAUCUUCUCCUUCCUGUCCGACCGGGACAAGCUCCGCGCCUCGGCCGUCUGCUCCCGCUGGAGGGAGUGCCUCUUCUACCCGGCCCUGUGGACCGAGCUCCGGCUGCGGAUCGGCGGCUUCGGUUCCGAGGAGACGCCGAAGCUGGACUUCCUCAUGCGGAAGUUCGGCUCCUUCGUCCGGGAGCUGCAGCUGGAGCUGGCGCCGGUGGAAGGGAACCUGAGCCCGGAGCGUCCCCCCGGCGGCCCGGAGGUAGACCAGCAGCAGCUGCCGGAGCGCUGGAGGGCCGCCAUGGCCGCCUACUUGGAGCAGGUUCUCUGCGUGUUCACCAGCAUCCGGAACAACAGGAACCUCCAGAGGCUGAGUUUAUAUGGAGACACCUUCAUCCUGCAGCAGGAGGGACUGUUGGACAGCGCCAACCUGCAUCAGAUCCACCAGGGGGACAAAAAGAUCAAAGAAAUCCAGGAGCUGUUCAUGGAGCUGCUGUCCAACAGCCGCCAGCUGCGCUGGUUGUCCUGCAGCUUCAUGCUGGGUCUGCUGACGCCGCGCUCCUUAGCCCGCCUGUCCAACCAGUCCGCCGAGACGCUGCAGCACCUCAGUUUCCUGGACCACCAGCAGGGGCCCCUCGUCUCGCCGUCGGAGCUCGAUCGGCUCUCCAACCUCCACUCCCUGGCUCUGGAUUUUCCCGACUUCUCGUCCGAGCUGUGCGCUCUGCUGGCGUCUCCACGCAGAGCUCCGCUCCACCGCCUCUCCCUGCAGCUCAACGGCGCCGCCCUGGAGUUUAAAUCGUUAGAAAGCACGGCAAGAGAGGACGACUGGAAGGCGCUGGUACGGGUCAGCGCUAACCUGCGGGUGUACAUCAUGGCCCUGGAGGUGGACAGCUCAGAGCUCCUCAGGGUCCUAAAGCCCAGCCUGCCUCUAGAGCGCCUCCACCUGGACAGCUACAGCACGCUGGUGACCGAUGCCACGCUGGAGCUCGUCUCCCAGCAGUACAACAAAACCCUCACCCACUUCCUGCUGCUGAGGGACGGCCCUGGCUUCCCCGACCUCAGCGUCAACCGCAACGAAGACCCGCUGGUCCUGCUGGCCUGGAGGUGCACCCAGCUGGCUGUGCUGGUGAUACACGGUUACACCGUCUGGUCCCACAACCUGGUGGCCAUCUCCAGGCUCCGUGGCUCCUGUCUCCGCGUCCUCACCGUGUCCGAAGAGAGCAUCGACUUCGACCCGGACCAGUCGCUGUACACGGAGGGGGACCCGGUCCAUAACCUGGUGAAGGAGGUGUCUCUGGGCCUCGGCCGCGUCUGGCACCCGUGCCUGGACUCCAGCACGGUUCUGUCCGAACCCACCCAGCAUUUCCACCGCGAGCUGCGUGCCUUCAGCGCCGGCAUGUAGACUGUGUGUGUGUGUGUGUGUGUCGGGGGGGGGGGGGGGGGGGGGGGGGGGGGGUGCAUAGACCGGACCAGGUGGACCGGCGGCAUACAGGCAGAGCCGAGCCGGACCGGACAUCCCCUACUGGAUCGGUUUGAUUUGAGGUUUUAAAGUUCAGCACAAAGUCAUGAAACCAGAUCAGUCUGCAAAGAUGAUCCGGUCCGGUCCGGUCCGGUC